GACGUGAUCGAGAUAGACGAGAAGGUCGGCGGCAUCUUGAGCGACCUCCACGCGAUGCUCGGGACCGACCCCUCGGUUGUCCGCGUGGGGGCCGACGUGUUGAAUGUCGACAUGGAGGAGUGCGACGCGGUGAUCAGCGGCCCCCCGUGCCCGCCGUGGUCGACACUGGGCUUUCGCAACGGGGUGCAGGACCCGCGUGCUUCGGUGCUCCGCAAGGUGACCGAUCACGUCGUCGACUGUGCGAAUGGCAAGGGUCAGCCGCCACGCUCGGGCCGUGGCCGCCUCGAGUUCUGCAUCUUCGAGAACGUCGACGCUUGGCGGCACCGCCCUGGCGGCGACGCUAACGAGGCGCCCUUCGUCGACCAGUUCAUGGCGCACUUGGAGGAGGAGAUGCCCUACUUCAAGUUCAAGGUGAUCGCGGGGACAUCCGCAUCAAACUUGAUUCAGUUGUGGGUUCCCGGCUGCCCCGACUACCCACUCACCUUCCUGUUAGAUUGUUUGACAUCCCCUCAGAAGGUCUGGGAGGUCAACGCGACCCAUUGCCACCUGGCCCAGACGCGCCCCAGGGUCUAUGUGAUCGGCAUUCGCCGCUGGAUCCUGGAUGCUGCAGAUACGGCAUUCGCGGAGCGUCCGCAGAAGUGCCAGCCGCCGCCCUUGCACCUGUUCAUCGACGAGACGCCCGAUUGGGCUUCUGGCGUAUCGCGCUUGACAGAGAAGCAGCAGGAGAACAUGGAGGGCUACAUCGCGCUGCUGGGGGAAAAGAAGCAAUGGCCAGAGCACCGCGGGGCAAAGUUCGCCACCGUGGACAUUGACCGGGCCCUCGAUAAAGCGUUCCAGGGGUUUCUGCGCGUGAACACGGCGCCGACGUUCACCACCCGCAAUGAUAACUUGUACAUCAUCACCACCCAAAUCGAAGAGUUACAUGGUCGACGCAUGACUCAUGCUGAGAGGUGCCGCUUGAGCGGCGUCGAGCCCAGGAGCAUCAGUUCGAGUCACGGCAAGAAGACUGUGAUCAAGGCUUUGGGCAACAUGAUGCCAGUGGACGCGAUUGGCAGGGUGUUGAACCAGAUCCUCUUGGUGAUCGAGACAUGGGAGAACGCCCUGUCCGCGCUGCCUACGCGGUCCCCGUUCACCAUCGAGCACACGGCCGCCUUCAGCCAGUUCGGCGUGGUGCCCGACUACGGCGAGGCCGACGAUGUCGCCAUGAUCCUCGGGGGCGGCAUCGCGUUGUCCGACGCUGAGAAGAGCGAGGAGGAGGGCGAGCCCGUCUGCAAGAAGCGCCGCGCGGACCCAGAGGCCGCGGAGGGCCAGGGGGGCAGCUCUGGCAGCCAGGGCCCGGCGCUUGGCGACGCG